UUAUGCGCAUCACCAACCCAAAUUGUGAGUGCUCUACAGCUAGAGAAGCGAGCGAAUCCUGUUUGACAUUACAUCACUGCCCCCCCUCCGGUCUACCUCCAACACGUCCAUUUCACCUCCCAUAAUAAACUCCUUCAAACUUUAAAACCCCUCUCCCUCUCUCUCCCCUCCAAACACACAUCACAAUCCUCAAUUCAAAAACACAAAAAAAAAUAAAAAAAAAAUGUCCAACUUCAUUAACCACCUCUGUUUUCUCCUCCUCCUCUCCACCACCACCACCACCACCACCAAAAACGUUGUCGUCUCCGCCCUCACUUCUCCCUCCGACAUCUCAGCCCUCAAGGCCUUCAAAUCCGCCGUCAACCCCUCCUCCAUACCCUCCUGGUCCUGCCUCGCCUCCUGGGACUUCGCCGCCGCCGACCCCUGCGCCUCCCCUCGCCGCACCCACUUCACGUGCGCCCUCACGUGCUCCCCCGACUCCACUCACAUCACCCAGAUCACCCUCGACCCCGUCGGCUACUCCGGCUCCCUCACCCCACUUGUCUCCCUACUCUCCCAACUCACCGCCCUCGACCUCGCCGACAACAAUUUCUCUGGCCAAAUUCCCUCCUCCAUUUCCUCCCUCCUCAAUCUCCGAACCCUCACUCUCCGAUCCAACAAAUUCUCCGGUUCUCUCCCUUCCUCCAUUACCAAGCUCAAGUUUCUCGACUCUUUGGACAUUUCGCGUAAUUCUCUCUCCGGAUUUCUCCCCAAAAGAAUUGACUCCAUGACCGGUUUGCGAAGGCUCGAUCUGAGCUUCAACAAGCUGGCUGGUUCCAUCCCCAAGCUUCCGCCGAACUUGUUUGAGCUCGCCAUGAAGGGGAAUUCGCUCUCCGGAUCGAUCUCAAAAUCGUCGUUUGGUGAGUUGACUCAGUUGGAAGUCGUCGAACUCAGCGAGAACUCGCUCACCGGGACUUUGGAGAGCUGGUUCUUCUUGCUCCCUUCGCUCCAGCAGGUCGACCUGGCCAAUAACAGCCUUACGCGUAUCGAGAUCUCGAGCCCUCCCGGAUCGGCCAGCGACCUCGUGGCCGUCGAUUUGGGGUUCAACAGAAUCGGCGGUUACGCGCCCGCCAAAUUCGCGGAUUACCCGCUGCUGUCGUCGCUCUCGCUUCGGUACAACCGGCUACGUGGCAAGAUCCCAUUGGAGUACGGGCAGAAGAAGUCGUUGAGGAGGCUUUACUUGGACGGGAAUUUCUUAAUCGGACAACCGCCGGCUGGAUUUUUUGGCGGUAAAUCCGGGGUCUCCGGCAGCUUGGGGGAUAAUUGCCUGUGGGGAUGUCCAGUUUCGUCGCAGCUGUGCCUGCCUUCGCAGAAACCAAGCGGGAUAUGCAAGCAAGCCUACGGUGGAAGGGGAAAACCAAGAGGAUCUGUCGCUGGCGCCGAGGGAACGUCACUAUCUACGCCGAGAGAUCAUGCGUGGGAAGGGGCGCCGGGCGCGAUGACUCAGCGCCCGGAGGCCACGGCGCCGGGGUAUCACUCUCGUCUCUCUCCACCAGCUGUCUUGUCAACUCGAGGAGGGGAGUGCUGAUUCGACUACUACUGCAAAAGUCAGAGGGUCAGGCGGCAGAUAGGAAGGAUCAGCCGCAUUCCCCGGGACAGUCAUCAUAAAAAUCUACCUACUCUCAUGCUUACCGAGGACAGAGGAUGGCUUCCUCCUUGAGAACGGAGAAUACACAUUCACAUGUAAAGGCCUAUAAAUAGAGCCAAUAAAACCUAAAAAAUGGGUUAGAUGCCAUUUCAAUUACGAAAGAAAGAGAGCUUGUAACCAGUUAAAACAUUAGUGCAUGCACAAGUGGAUUAGACAAAGAAUUAUUGC